CAUCCGCGCGCGCGGAGGCGGCGGUGGCACCCGACUUCCAGCAUGCCCCGCCGGGAGCUGCAGCCGCCUAGGAUGGAGAGGGGUCGCCCCAGGGGCCGAGGGGCGCGGCGAUGAGGGGAAGGGGCUUCUCCACGGCGCUUUGGAGCUAUUAAACCGGGACUUAAAAACUUAACUCUGGAAUGACCCUGGAAGUCUGCCUGGGCAGAGCAGCGGGGAAGUCCUACUGAAAACAAACACACACAACAAAAAAACAAACGCCACAGUUUUUUUUUUUUACUUUUAGGAGUAAAAGCCAGUACAAAGAAGUAUCAGGAUGAAAAGAUGGCCGACUUCUUGUUGCCACUGGGUUCUAACAGCUUCCACCGGUUCACGCCCGAAUCCCUGGCUGCGAUCGAGAAGCGGAUCGCGGAGAAGAUUGCAAGGAGCGUCAAGCAGGAAUACAGGGAACAGUUGGGCGAGGAGGAGAUUCUGCGGCCUCAGUUUGACUUACAGGCCUGCAAGAAGUUGCCCGACAUCUACGGGUCUCCUCCAUCGGAGCUCAUUGGGGAACCUUUGGAGGACAUUGACCCUUUCUACAGCGAUCACAAGACAUUUAUAGUACUGAACAAAGGGAAGACAAUCUUUCGAUUUAGUGCCACUCCUGCCUUGUAUAUACUUACUCCUUUUCAUCGAAUCAGAAGAGCAGCAAUUAAAAUUUUGGUACAUUCAUUAUUCAGUAUGUUUAUCAUGUGCACUAUUUUAACCAACUGUGUGUUCAUGGCAUGGUCUGAACUCCCUCCUUGGAAUAAAUACGUUGAGUACACCUUCACCGGCAUUUACACUUUUGAAUCAUUGAUAAAAAUUCUGGCAAGAGGAUUUUGUAUGACAGAAUUCACCUUCCUCCGGGACCCAUGGAACUGGCUAGAUUUUUCUGUUAUUGUCAUGGCAUACAUAACUGAAUUUGUGGACCUGGGCAAUGUAUCAGCCUUACGAACGUUCAGAGUUCUUCGCGCGCUGAAAACAAUCUCAGUCAUUUCAGGUUUGAAGACCAUCGUAGGUGCCCUUAUCCAGUCAGUUAAGAAACUUGCCGAUGUGAUGAUCUUGACCGUUUUUUGCUUGAGUGUUUUCGCCCUCAUAGGGCUCCAACUCUUCAUGGGAAAUCUGAGGCAGAAGUGUGUCCGGAGGUUUAACACCACCAUUAACGGCACAUUCUUACCGGACGACGCAAGGUGGCCAUCCUUAGAUGCUUUUUUAAAUGAUACAGAUAACUACUUCAAAAAAGAGGGCACCAUGGACGCACUACUUUGUGGCAACAGCACAGAUGCUGGUUCAUGUCCGGACGAUUACAUCUGUCUAAAGGCUGGUGAUAAUCCUGACUUUGGGUACACAAGCUUUGAUACCUUUGGCUGGGCCUUCCUCUCCUUGUUCCGCCUCAUGACGCAGGAUUGCUGGGAACGCCUCUAUCAACAGACGCUUAGAUCUGCUGGCAAGAUCUACAUGCUGUUUUUCAUGCUGGUCAUCUUUCUGGGCUCCUUUUACCUGAUCAACUUGAUCUUGGCUGUGGUGGCCAUGGCGUACGAAGAGCAGAACCAGGCCACCAUUGCCGAAAUGGAAGCGAAGGAGAGGAAGUUUCAAGAAGCCAUGGAGGCUCUCAAGAAAGAGCAGGAGGCUUUAGCCCGAGGAAUUGAUUCGAUGUCACUUAGCUCAUUUGAAAUGUCACCUUUGGCAUCGAAAAAUUCCAAGGAACGAAGAAGCCGAAGAAGGAAGAAGAAAUCCUCAGCGGGAGAAGAGGAUGGGGAAGAUCAGAAGGGUCCAAAAUCUGAAUCGGAGGAUGGUCAGCAGAGGACGACCGUGCUGGGUUUUACUUCUGGAUCCAUGGAAAACUCAGUGAAGCGCAAGGCCAGCCACGGGAGUGUCUUCAGCUUCCGGUUGCGCAGCAGGGACCUUGGCUCGGAGGCGGACUUUGCCGAUGAUGAUAUCAGCACCGUCGGGGAGAGCGAGAGCCAGCGUGGGUCCCUGCUGGUCCCCAGGAGUGGGAGGCGGCUGAGCAUGCAGACCCAAACCAGCCACAGCUCUCCAAACUACACGCAAAAUGGCAAGAGGAACAGCUUGGUGGAUUGCAAUGGUGUGGUUUCACUGAUUGGAGGAGGAGGAGGAAGAAGCGCGGACCCAACAACUCCAACAGAUGUGCUGUUGCCACCAGUUAUUACAGAGAAACCUGGAACGGGUGACACGACCACUCCGUCUGAAGAAGUGAACAAGAAGCAGCUUCUGUCACCACACCGCCUUUCUGUGGAUCAAUCCGAGGGACGUUUCCAAAGGCAACGAGCUGUGAGUGCCGUCAGCAUUAUUACCAGUGCCAUGGAAGAGCUUGAGGAAUCCCAACAGAAGUGUCCCCCCUGCUGGAAUCAUUUUGCCGUCCGCUUUCUCAUUUGGGAGUGUUGCCCGUUGUGGCUGUUGAUCAAGAAGAAAGUGAGGUUCAUCAUCAUGGACCCCUUCAGUGACCUCACGAUCACCCUUUGCAUUGUGAUGAACACUCUCUUCAUGGCCAUGGAUCACUACAAGAUGACGGAGGAAUUCGAGAACGUGCUCAACAUCGGUAAUCUGGUCUUCACUGGGAUUUUUACGGCUGAAAUGGUCUUCAAACUCAUAGCUCUGGAUCCCUAUUACUACUUUCAGCAAGGCUGGAAUAUUUUUGACAGUAUAAUUGUCACGCUAAGCCUGAUGGAACUUAGUCUUUCCAGCAUGGGAAAUGUGUCUGUGUUACGCUCCUUCAGACUGCUGAGGGUCUUCAAGCUCGCGAAGUCUUGGCCAACCUUAAACACUCUCAUUAAAAUCAUCGGAAACUCUGUGGGUGCUCUGGGGAACCUCACUCUCGUUCUCGCCAUCAUCGUCUUCAUUUUCGCCGUGGUUGGCAUGCAGCUCUUUGGGGACCUGUACUACAAGCACGUCACGAGAAUCAGCACCACGGAUCGGUUGCCCCGCUGGCACAUGAAUGACUUCUUCCACUCCUUCCUCAUCAUCUUCCGCAUCCUCUGUGGCGAAUGGAUCGAGACUAUGUGGGACUGUAUGAAAGUGGCCGGGCAACCUCUGUGUCUUCUGGUCUUUUUACUGGUCAUGGUGAUUGGGAACCUGGUGGUGUUGAACCUGUUCCUUGCCUUGCUGCUGAGCUCCUUCAGUGCCGAUAACCUUUCCGCUCCGGAUGAAGACGGGGAGAUGAACAACCUGCAGCUCGCCCUUGCACGCAUCAACAGGGGGCUCAGUUACGCCAAGCGUGCCAUGUGGGAUUUCUGUUGCAGUGUCCUCAGGCAGCCGAAGGCGACGGCUGAAAAAAAAGCCAUGAUGAAGCUUGCGGCUCAGAACCCAGCCGUCGUCCACAACUGCGUCAACAACCACACUGGCAUGGAGUUUGGCAAGGAAGAGGACCACCACAAGGAGAACCACACCACCGGCGGCGAGGUUGAGGGAAACCGGGAGAAGCAGCAGGUGGACCACAACGAUGACUUCAUGACCAACCCGAACUUGUCCAUCUGUGUCCCCAUUGCUCCAGGAGAGUCUGACAUCGAGGAUGAUGAGCAGAGCACAUUUACGGAAACGGACCAGGACAAACAACAGCAACUGAAAGGGCAGCGCUACAAAAGCCCAGCUGUUCGGAGUCAGGCCUCUGAGAUUUGCGAAGAGUUAAGUGAGUUGCAAACGGACAAACAGUCAAAGGACGAGGCUCCGGUCCCGCCAGUAGGGGAACAAGAGAAGUUUGACGAAAUCAGUCUGUCGGAAGGAAGCACAGUGGACCUGGCAAUCCCGCCAGAGCUUCUGGAGCAGAUGCCUGAGCUGGCAGAAGAGAUGAUGGAACCGGAAGACUGUUUCCCAGAACCUUGUGUCCGAUUCUUCCCGUGCUGUUCAGUAGACACCACAAAAUUUCCCGGCAAGAUUUGGUGGAGACUGAGGAAAACGUGCUACCAAAUAGUUGAACACAGCUGGUUUGAAACUUUCAUCAUAUUUAUGAUUCUCCUGAGCAGUGGAGCUCUGGCAUUUGAAGACAUCUACCUCGACAAGAAAAAGAACAUUAAAACCAUGUUGGAAUAUGCUGACAAGAUCUUCACUUACAUCUUUGUUCUAGAGAUGCUUCUGAAAUGGGUAGCUUAUGGCUUUAAGAAGUACUUCACCAAUGCCUGGUGUUGGCUUGAUUUCCUCAUUGUAGAUGUCUCAUUAGUAAGCCUCAUAGCUAGUACACUUGGAUACUCCGAAAUGGGUCCCAUUAAAUCCCUUAGGACCCUCAGAGCUCUGAGACCCUUAAGAGCACUAUCACGAUUUGAAGGGAUGAGGGUGGUGGUCAAUGCUUUGGUAGGCGCCAUCCCUUCUAUCAUGAACGUCCUGCUUGUCUGCCUUAUCUUCUGGCUCAUCUUCAGCAUCAUGGGAGUCAACUUGUUCUCUGGGAAGUUUGGGAAAUGCAUUAACAACACAAUAGGUGAUGACCCUAUGAACCAAACAUUGGUCAACAACAAGAGCGAUUGCCAAAACUUGAAUGACACUGGAGAGUUGUACUGGACAAAAGUGAGAGUCAACUUUGAUAAUGUUGGCGCCGGCUACCUGGCUCUGCUGCAAGUGGCAACUUUUAAAGGUUGGAUGGAAAUUAUGUAUGCUGCUGUGGAUUCACGAGAGCGUGAGGAGCAGCCCGUCUGGGAAUAUAACCUGUACAUGUACCUCUACUUUGUGAUCUUCAUCAUCUUUGGAUCCUUCUUCACUCUGAAUCUCUUCAUCGGUGUUAUCAUUGACAAUUUCAAUCAGCAAAAGAAAAAGAUAAGUGGACAAGACAUCUUUAUGACGGAGGAACAGAAAAAAUAUUACAAUGCCAUGAAAAAACUGGGAUCCAAGAAACCCCAAAAACCCAUCCCACGGCCAGUGAACAAGUAUCAAGGCUUCAUUUUUGACGCUGUCUUGAAUCAAGCCUUUGAUGUCUGCAUCAUGCUCCUCAUCUGCCUCAACAUGGUCACCAUGAUGGUGGAAACUGACGACCAGAGCCCAGAAAAAGUGAACAUCCUUUACAAAAUCAACAUGGUCUUUGUUGCCAUCUUCACUGCAGAGUGCAUAUUAAAAAUGGUGGCUCUAAGGCACUACUAUUUCACCAAUGGGUGGAACAUUUUUGAUUUUGUCGUCGUCAUUCUAUCAAUAGUGGGCUCUGUACUUUCUGACAUCAUCCAGAAAUACUUCUUCUCCCCUACCCUCUUCAGAGUCAUUCGCUUGGCUCGGAUUGGCCGGAUCCUGAGACUUAUAAGAGGGGCCAAAGGAAUCCGAACUCUUCUCUUUGCCUUAAUGAUGUCCCUCCCUGCGUUGUUCAACAUCGGCCUCCUGCUUUUCCUGGUCAUGUUCAUUUACGCCAUUUUCGGCAUGGCCAACUUUGCCUACGUUAAGCAAGAGCACGGGAUCGACGACAUGUUCAACUUCCAGACGUUUCCCAACAGCAUGCUCUGUCUCUUCCAAAUCACUACAUCCGCCGGCUGGGAUGGUCUUCUCAGCCCCAUUUUGAACACCGGGCCGCCAUAUUGUGAUCCAAGCCAUAUCAACACAAAUGGCUCGAGGGGAAACUGUGGCAGCCCCGCAGUGGGAAUUCUGUUCUUUGUUACUUAUAUCAUUAUAUCCUUUCUCAUUGUUGUAAACAUGUACAUAGCUAUUAUUUUAGAGAACUUCAGUGUCGCUACUGAAGAGAGCACAGAGCCUCUAAGCGAGGACGACUUUGAUAUGUUUUAUGAAAUAUGGGAGAAGUUUGACCCCGAAGCCACUCAGUUUAUUGAGUACGCCGCCCUUUCCAACUUCGCGGACGCUCUGUCAGAACCUUUACGCAUUGCGAAACCAAAUAAGAUCAAGCUCAUAGCUAUGGACCUCCCCAUGGUGAGUGGGGACAGGAUCCAUUGCUUAGAUAUUUUGUUUGCUUUCACCAAAAGAGUGCUGGGGGAAUCUGGAGAGAUGGACGCCCUCAAGAUACAGAUGGAGGAGAAAUUCAUGGCUGCCAACCCAUCAAAGAUUUCUUACGAACCCAUCACAACCACGCUCAGGCGGAAACAGGAGGAAAUUUCUGCCGUUGUCAUCCAGAGAGCCUACAGGAGCCAUCUCUUCCAACGCUCCCUCAAGCAGGCCUCAUUCCUAUACCGCCAAAAAGCCUGCCACCUAGGGGAGGACGCUCCCGAGAGGGAAGGCCUCAUCGCAUUCAUGAUGAACGAGAACUACGGGAGGCCGAUAAACAAGUCAGAAACUCUGUCCUCCACCUCCUUCCCUCCUUCCUACGACAGCGUCACGAGGGGCACCAGCGACAACUUCCAGCUGAGGUUGACUGACUCUAGCAAAAGCGACGAGCAUCUAGACGAUCAGUUGUCGCCCGACAGAGACAAAGAGUCGAUGGUUUAAAAAAUAUAUAUGAGUUUUUCAUUUAGGACACUUUAAGAAUAUUGUUUACAGAAUGUAACCACACAACAGUUGAAGCAGCCUUGUUAAACAUUAGUUGCAAAGGACACAGGAAGGGAGGUCAGCCCUGAACCAGGGUAUGUCAAGGCGCUGGCAGACGUCUAACCUUUGACCCUUCUCUUUUCAACUUUGCUCAAUGUUUAUAUUUCUAUAUGCACAGGGAGGGGCCAGGGAGGGGGCCGGGGGGGUUCCAGCACAAGGUCCUGGGCUGUCCUAGCAGUGGUCUGUUUAUGGAGACGCUAGACUGUAACACAGCAAGUACUUUAUAACUAUACACAGAUAAAACCUGACCGCAUACUUUCAUUUUAAGGUCUUACUUAUAUUAGUGCGUUUACUUACGGCAAUGUAUGACCUUGCAUUCUAUAAUAAGAGAGUGAGGGCGAAGAGAGAGAGAGAGAGAGAGAGAG